ACAGAGUCGUGCCAUUUGGAUUUAGAGUUCGAGGAGGCAGAUGAUGUGGUUUUUUCUGUUCUUGGUCCAAGAACUGUUUAUCUGACUGGUUACUAUGUGGGUAACAGUGGACGAGCAAAUGUAAACAGUGAUACAGAGUCGUUUGGGGAGGAUAUUGUAGAUACAGAAACAGGGGAAUCCUGCCACGGGACUGAUGAGGACGAGUAUGAUGAUAGCUUUAUCAAUGAUGGUGAACCAGAAACAUCCCCACCUUCACCUGCUUCAAGCAGCGGAGUUCAAGUAGACGAUGAGAACUUGUCAGACAAUAAGCUUCACAAACACAAUAGCAACCAUAAAAGGCUUAGGAAGAAGUACCAAGUAAGUGAGUCCGAAGAUGAGGAUAUCUUGCAGGACGCAGAUGAAGACAAUUGUCUCUUAUCUGCACUUAAGAAGAAAGCUGAUGUGAAGGCUAAAACAUCAGAAGAUAAUCAAAAGAAUGACAUACUAAGUGCUGAGGCUCCUCAUAGGACAGAAAAUGGUGGCACAGUGGAACAUGAAAAGGCAAAUAACCUUUUUCAGCUUGAGGUGGUACAUUUUAAGAUUUAUAAGAAAAUAAAGGGAUCGAGGAACGCUGUUUCAUUGCUCGCCUCUAGCAAAGGUUCUAACUUUCUCCCUGCUUAUUUUGCUCCUCUUAGUGAGCACAGACAUGAAAAUAGCAUUAAAUCGAGCAAGAAGAGGAAACAGCCUGAGGGCAAUAGUCGUAAACUUCUUGAAGCAGAUACUAGCAGUGAUGGGAAGGACAACAAAGAGGAUAACACAAAGCUGGUGGAUGCUGGGACGGCAGUGAUUAAUACGAAAGAUGGCAAAUUUGAUACUCUGGAGCCUCCAGCAGAGGAAGAUUCUAAACAUGGUCCAAAGUCAAAGAAAAGAAAACAUUCUGUGGAAGCCAAAUCUGUUGAAAGCCAUGAUACAAAAGCUGAUAUCACUCUUAAAGAGGGUAAACUGAAACAAGAUCCUCUAAAAGCUGGUCAGCAGGAUGAGGAUCCAAUUGCAAUUGCAUUAGAUGAAGAAGAUAAAAAACUGACAAUCAAUAAAAGCAUUGAUGGAAAAUCUGACUCCGUAGCUGAUGGGCACCAAUUGGAUAAGAAAAUUAAAAAGAAGAAGAAAAAGAAGACGAAGGCUCAGGAGGACUGUAUGGUUAACAUUGAUCUUCCGGUUCUGCAAGAGAAUGAAAUGAAUAGACAAUCCGUGGAUGUUGAGGACAAGAGUCUGAAGGUCAAGUCUACUGUAAUAAGGACUUUAUCUAACGGGUUGACCAUUGAAGAGCUUGCAACAGGUGAACCCGAUGGAAAAUUGGCUGCUCCAGGAAAGAAG